GCAUCCUUCCACAUUCAUCGUGCCACAGUUUUCUCCAUCACUAAUUCCUCUCUUGUAUCGGAUAGCUGUCAAUCCAAGAUACAUAAUCAAGCCAACCCUCAAUCUGCAAUGGCUAGUGAUCUCCCUCAAACACAGGGCAAGACGCUCCCUGAUGCCUGGGACUAUAAGGGUCGACCAGCCGAACGGUCCAAAACCGGUGGCUGGACCAGCUCUGCCAUGAUUCUAGGUGUAGAGGCAAUAGAGAGGCUAACUACACUUGGUAUUGCUGUCAAUCUGGUGACAUAUUUGACGGGUACUAUGCACCUUGCCAAUGCUACCUCUGCCAACACAGUCACCAACUUUCUUGGAACCUCCUUUAUGCUCACUUUGCUGGGUGGCUUUGUAGCUGACACGUUUCUCGGAAGGUAUCUCACCAUCGCCAUCUUUGCCACGGUGCAAGCAAUGGGUAUCACAAUCUUGACUAUCUCAACAAUAAUCCCGAGUCUCCGACCACCAAAAUGCCACAACAACACUGCCUGCAUCCCUGCAAGUGGCACUCAACUAAAUGUUCUAUACUUAGCCUUGUACCUCACUGCCCUUGGCACCGGCGGUCUCAAAUCAAGUGUCUCGGGAUUUGGCUCGGAUCAAUUUGAUGACACGGAUGAGAAAGAGAGAAAACAAAUGUCAAGCUUCUUUGGUUGGUUCUUUUUCUUGAUAAACAUAGGUGCACUUUGUGCAGUUACAAUUCUUGUUUACAUACAAGAUAAUCUUGGAAGAGAAUGGGGGUAUGGAAUAUGUGCAUGUGCUAUCGUGCUUGGAUUGAUUGUGUUUCUUUCUGGCACAAGGCGAUACCGGUUCAAGAAAUUGGUUGGUAGUCCACUGACACAGAUUGCAACAGUUCUUGUUGGUGCUUGGAGCAAAAGAAAUUUGGAAUUACCCUCAGAUCCAUCAUUUCUACAUGAUAUUGACAACUUUGAUGAGGGAAGCAAGAAAAAGAAGCAAAAACUUCCGCACAGCGACCAGUUCCGUUUCUUAGAUAAAGCAGCAAUCAAGGACCCAAAAGUCACUGUAGUGACCAAGUGGAACUUAUCAACUCUAACAGAUGUUGAAGAAGUGAAAAUGGUGGUUAGAAUGUUACCAAUUUGGGCUACUACGAUCAUGUUUUGGACAGUCUAUGCCCAAAUGACAACCUUUUCCGUGUCACAAGCAACCACAUUGGACCGUCAUAUCGGAAAUUUUCAAAUCCCAGCUGCAUCCUUAACAGUCUUCUUUGUUGGUAGCAUUCUCUUAACAGUCCCAAUUUAUGACAGAAUAAUAGUCCCAGUCUUAAGAAACGUUUUCAAGAAAUCAAAUGGCUUAACUCCGUUGCAACGUAUAGGAGUGGGUCUAAUAUUCUCAAUUAUUGCAAUGAUAGCUGCAGCACUUACUGAAAUAAAGAGGUUAAGAACCGCAGAAUCACACGGUUUGACUCAUGAUCCGACGGCCGAGAUUCCAACGACAGUGUUUUGGUUAAUCCCUCAGUUUAUCUUGGUAGGUUCAGGUGAAGCACUUACCUACGUCGGACAGCUUGAUUUCUUCUUAAAAGAGUGUCCUAAAGGGAUGAAGACAAUGAGUACAGGGCUGUUCUUGAGUACACUUUCUUUAGGGUUUUUCUUCAGCUCUUUGUUGGUUACUAUAGUGCACAAGGUGACAGGAAACAGCCCAUGGAUAGCUGAUAAUAUAAAUGAAGGGAAGCUUUAUGAUUUCUAUUGGCUACUGGCGAUUUUGGCUGGUUUGAAUUUGGUACUAUUUUUGGGUUGUGCUAAAUGGUAUGUUUACAAGGACAAGAGGCUUGCUGAAGUUGGGAUUGAAUUGGAGGAACUUGAUGAGCCUGCUUUCCACUGAUUUUCCUUUUUCUUUGUCUUUCUUGGGCUUUUUUUUUUUUUUUUCUUUUUACUUUUAUUUCUUAGUUUAUAUGUUUUACACUACAAAGCCAGGAAAGGCGUUUGCUUUGAAAUAAGCUUGUGACCCCCCCAUCCCUCUGAAUGUACAAAGUGCAUGAAAAUGAAGAACAGUUGAACAAGAUGUUCAACUCUUUUUUAA